CUACAAGCUCCCCGACCCACCCACAGACACAGUAAUCCUCCACCAGUUCGGCCCGGCCCCGGCAGUACCCAGUGUGUCGCCGUUUGUCAUCAAGCUGGAGACUUAUCUCCGAGCGGCCGGCAUCCCUUACGUGAACAAAUUCGAUCGUAAGUUGGGUCCCAAGGGCAAGAUCCCGUGGAUCCAGUACAACGAGCACGUGAUGAGCGACUCCCAGUUCUGUGUGGAGUUCCUGAACCAGCAGUUCUCCGUGAACCUGAGCAGACGUCUGAGCCCACAGGAGGCGGCACUGGGCCAGGUCGUCAGGAGAACGGCUGAGGAGUUUAUCUACUGGGCUAUCGUGUGGUACCGACUGUGUGGUGACCCGUCCAGUACCCUGUACCGUCAACUGGGUCUCCCCGCCCCCUUCAUCUGGUACCUGAGACACGAGUCAGCCCGCAGGGUGGCCGUCCAUGGCAUAGGUCGACACUCACACGACGAGGUCACCAAACUGACCCGUGAUGACCUCAGGGCCCUCUCCGUCAUACUGGGCAACAAGAACUUCCUGUUCGGCAACAGCAAGGAGGAAGUGACAGAGGUAGACUGCGCGCUGUUCGGACAGCUGUGUGAGCUGUUGUGGGGCACGCCACUAUGUCCCGUGGCUGCGGAGGCCAGAGAAAAAUUCCCCAAUCUGGAACAGUUCUGCCUCAAAAUGAAGGAAGCUUUCUGGCCGGACUGGGAGGAGAGACUUCUUGGCGCCAAAACAAAAGCAGACGCACACAAAAACGGAACCGCCAAAAGUGAGGAGGGGAAAAAAAGUAGUCCCCCCUUACAGCACGCAGACAGCAGUAUCGAUGACGUCACGCCAAUUGGACCAAUGAGCAGCGACUUUACGGAAAGCGAAGUAUUAAGAUCUCGAGCUGCGAAGAUUAAUGGAACAAACUCGUCCUGAUCAAUUUGAUUCAAAUUGUGUUCGAGGAAAGAAUUUCAUCUAAGGACGGACAAUUAGAUCCGGCUUGGCAUUAAUUGUUUAUGAAUUGUGAGGAACACGAGGCAAUAGAUUCUAUAUUCUGCAGUGUUGAACCCUAUCUGUACGCCCUGGGGUCAUUUCGUACCCCAGGGGUUGUAUUCUUCGCAUUUUAGAAUACUUCUAGAGCGACGAUCUCUUUGAAAC